AUGAUCCGGGACAACCGCUUAUCUAUCUGUCCUAAAGUAUUAAGCAGGACACCAGGCAAUAAAUUUCGAACGGCCGUAAAGCCCACCAUGUUUUGUUUCAUUGCUCGAAAGUUUCGACUGUUAUGGCCGUGCAGUAAUCUCCAUGUGGUUGGUGCGCAUGAAGAAAACCGAAAAGGCACAAACUCUGCGAACCCAUCACAGGGUUUUAGGGGUCAACUUUCUGGGCAUCCUCUCCAAAACGUGCUGGCUCUUAUUGGCGCACACUUUGCCUCCUGGUGGGGUGCUCUUGCUAAGUGCUGCUCACUUGAGACAUCGCCUCGUCUUUCAACAGAAGCGACUAAUGCGUUAGAAGGGAGAUACAAGCUGAAAUCUCUCGUAUCCACGCAACAGAUAGCGGUUACUCAUCCGAAGCUGGGUAAUGAUGGGGAUCCAGCCGGGGCGCCAGGAGGCAGUGAGGCGGCGGCAGAAGGGCGUCCUCGUAGUAGCCUUCUUCAGCAAGGUGCUGUUGCCAGUCCUCGUCGAGGAUAUUUGGAAGCUAGGGCAAGUGUGUCACAUGAUUUAUCUGACGAGAUUGCCGCCGAAAACUUGUCCAACUUUGCCCAACUUUGUCAUGUUGCGGGCGGAUUUAAUUGGCGGUUCGCGAAAUUUCUUCGAGCAAUAGCCAAUCAACCUGAGCCGCCUGGCCGGUUUGGUGUCAAUUACUUCAACUUGCACCAGAAUCCAAAGGCUCUGAUCCCACAGAAGGUAAUAUCUAACGCCAACUCUGCCCAAGUUCAGGGAAGUGAAUCCAAAGAUUACUCCCAAACGAUGGAAGCGCCAACUGAGAUAGACUGCUAUCGGGUCCUUGGUCUCACGCAAUCCGCCACGGCGGCGGAGAUCAAAAAGGCGUACAGGAAAAAAUUACUGAUGACCCACCCGGAUAAGAAUCCGGGGAUAUCGUCGGAUGAGUUUUGCAAGGUGCAAGAGGCGUACGAAACCCUCCAAGAUGACGAAAAGAGGAGAGUUUUCGACCAAAAAUAUGACGAUAUUCGCGUGGAGUGGGACAUGUAUGUGCGUGGGGAAACCCGUGGGCGCAAAGAGAAGAAAGCCACCGGUAUCCCGCCCUACGAAAGAUCAGCGCCGGCCCCAGAGAAACCGUUUCCAGGACGAAGAACUAGCCCUGGACCAUCAACGUUCCGAGCUCACUCCCGGAGACCACGCGUACGGGCAACACCGCGCAGGUCGUACUCGCCCAUUCAUAAAACAAAGGCACGCUCUCCGUCCCCUCAAAGUCGCAGGUCCCAUCGCCCAUCGAAAUCAGAUUUGCCUGCGCAAAAUCGCGGCCCUUCACCAAAACGACAUGCAUACUCCCAAUCGGUCCCGUCAUAUAACUACAAAAUCGUCAGACCCCGAUGGGCCACUGACGACGACAUUCCUAUAAUAUCACCGAAAUCACACCGACGAAAUGAACCACUUGAAUAUGCAGAAAUCUCCCCGCGCAGCCCGCGCAGCCCGCGGACUCCAACCCAAACAACCCCAGUCACGCUCUACGCGGAAUCCUACACGGAUUACUACACUCAGCAAGUGACAGCCAAGACAGUACUUAUCGAGCCGCGCAACCAGUACACCGUAAAUAAGCCCGUAUCACCAGUCGCCGCUGAAAGGCCGAAACCCUCACCAUUGCCCUACAACACGGUGACAAUCCAGCCAUCCCAUAGCUACGCCUACGAGUCGCCUUACGAUUACGCAGUGAUAGUGGGCAGCAGCCGGCGAUUUGAAGGCACCGUUGAUUUGCGUUUUGCUCCAAAACUUAGGAUGCAACGUUUUAACUCGGACCUUUUCUAA